AUGGCUCUAGUCUCGAAUGAUCCCAGUUGGUGGCCAUUCAUCAAUGCGGAUAUUAUUUCCUGCUAUUUUAUAGUUGUCGCCUCUGUCGGGGUAAUGUACGAUUGGGGACUUACGUUUGGACAAGAGAUUGAACUGAUCUGGAGACAACGCUGGUCCCUAAUGACCUUUCUCUAUCUCAGUGUGCGCUAUGCUGGAAUAGGAUACGUUGUGUACGUUUGGAAGUUUCAGCCAUUGAUGUUGCGCUCAUUACCUGCUUCUCGCGAUCAGGGUCAAUAUGUUGAUCAGUUUACCAACUGUUUCGAUGACAAAUGCAGCCGUAUCAUGUACGACGCACUCGAUUUGACAGAUGUGGUUUUAGAUGCAAUAAUGGGCGUCAUCAUGAUCAUUCGGUUACAUGCUAUGUAUCAGCGAUCCAGAAAGGUGCUGAUAUUUCUCAUCGUCAUCUUUGUGGCCAUCAGAAUCGCCAUCGCAGUGAUGAGCGUAAUAUUUGUGAUGCAGGUUUCAGGGGAAGAAUUCAUUCUCUCUGGCACCUAUCAUUGCUUGAUUGGCUACGCGGGAGAUUCCCUAUUUCUGGUUUCCAUGACUUGGAUACUUGGGACUAUAUGGGAGGUCAUUGCACUGUGCCUCGCGGCCUGGAUUGCUGUGAAGCACUUCCGUGAACUACGACAACACUCAACAGGUGAUAUUAUUGAGGACUGUUUCACGGUGUUAAUGAAAACUCACGUGAGUUACUUUGCGAGUUUUGUGGUUAUCUCUUGCUUCCGGACCAGUUCAUUCUUUCUGACGAACCCAUUUUCCCUGGACACUGAGAUUUAUCUUGGUUUCGCUCAGAUAUUCCAUUUUGUGGAGCUAUUUGUGCUGGGACCGCGCCUCAUCCUCGGUGUUCGAGAAUUUCACGCUGAGCUCGUGGCCAACUCUGAUGAAGCAACCGCCAUGACUUCAAUUGCUUUUCAGGAGCACGUCCAUGUGUCAACCAGCAGCAGUGUGUAG